AUGUCAUGGUUCGCCUUUUUUUGUUCUAACGCAUGGUUUUUUCUGCUGGCCUGGUUGCUCAAACUUGCUACUACCAGAUGUAUAUGCCGUACCUUUCCUAAUCAGAAACAGUACAUACGCUCACAGCCGAUGGCUGUAAUACCUUUUGGGAUCAAUUUGAUUUCUUUGUCGGGCCUAUCAAGCCUCAACUUUAUUGCUGUAAAUUUUAUCCAAACUAGUCAUGAAUACGUGCUAUUAGAACGACAGAUGGAUAAGUUAAAAAGAUUUAGAACUUCUGCCUACUGCAUGCGUAACUUAUACGUAUAUGACCUUGGUCUUCAAUUCAUUUAUUUAAGUUUGAUACAUGUAAAGAUUCUUUGA